AUGAUGUUGGUUCGGCCCCCAUGUCGCCCACGGGACCCCGGAGUCUCCCCUAAAAGGACAGAUUCCAAGCGAGACAACUCCGGGGUUGAUGGCGUUGAUCCCAGAUAAAUUUGGUUCAUCAUCAUCAAACAAACGCUUCAAAUACAAAAAUCUUUAUGACCUGGUUAUUACACGAAAAUACCGGAAAUACAGUUAGGAGGGGAGGCACCAAUCACACAUGUACAAAAAACCCAUACACAAAAAAAAUGGGAAAAACACGUGCUCCUAGUUGUCGAAGAGAUCCCUAGCUUAACCUAGCCUGGAUUGUGACUACCUUUCAAAAGAUUCCUAGUCCUGAUAUCCUGAGUGCUAAUUAGCUAACGACUAGAACUAACCCUGGGGGCGCCUUCCAUCUAAGAAAGAAAUUGUCCCCGGCCAACAUGGGUAAAUUCCAAUGAAAACUAAAUCCAAAAUCUCAAUCCAAAAACAGAUGAGUAAACCCUAGUGUUCAAAUUGAACGAAAACGAGAUCCUGUGGAAUAACAAGGGAGAGCGGGAAACCAAGGGAGCUCAGCUCAACCAAAACCUCUACAUUAACCGAGUUUGCCCGUCAAACAACCAAACAAAAGUUGCGACUGAGGAGACUCUUCCCUAAAAACCUUUCCAUUCGUUUCCCGCUCUUUUUUUAACGAAGAAACAAAAAAAUUUAAAAAAAGAAGAUCAACAAAAAAACGAUUAGUUUUGACCGCCGCGACGAGGGCGCUUCCUCGUCCCUUGGUUUUACCCCUUGAGUGGUCGUGCAGCGCGGUUUGCUCGCAACUGCACUGGAAAAUUCCUUUUUAACCUUUCUUUAAAAUCCUUUUUGUUUUCCUUUUUGUUUCCUAAGUUUCUUUUAAAAUCCUUUUGAUUUUCCUUUUUAUUCCCUAAGUUUCUAAUUCCUGUUACAAACGAAAUGAAUGAGAGGAAAAUCCGGCGGGAGCCGAGCUCAACUUGAUAAAGUUGCGUCUGUCUUGUUUGACAUGACUUUUUGACUUCUCCGACUCCCGAGGGACGCACGUCGUCGGAAUGAAGCGUCCGAAUUCAAUUCAUUCACCGUCGGCCUGACGCCAAAACACGUUUGCCGCUGUGGGUCGCUUUUGGAGUCCACUGUGCCACCGGAAAUCUGGGGACUUUCGGAUCUUCGCGUUGAGUUCCGUCUACAGAUCUUCUUGCAGGACAAGAAAAUGCUGCGAGAUCAAAAGAGUUACGGAUGAUUCGCUGUUAGCUUCAGUGAAAUAAAGACGAAAUUUAUAUUCCGAGUCAUUUUUUCUAAUCAUGUUGCAGUGAGGGCCUUUUCCAAACCACUCUCUCGAAAAAGGCCCUCACUGCAACAUGAUUAGAAAAAAUGACUCGGAAUAUAAAUUUCGUCUUAACGAGUUUUUCAGAAUAUAAUGAAAAGACGUUCCUUCGAAAUCAUGAAGUCUUCGGAGUUCGGCGGGCUGAUAAAAAAUAACUUGGACCUCAUGCACUAUUGCGCUGUACUGAAAUCGUUUUCCCGGAGAAAUGGAGUAGUCGGACUCUUUAAGUACUCACUUAAGCAAAAGUAUUUGCUACAGUGACCACUAGUGAUGUCUCUAAUAAACUUAAAGGAACGACUACUCCGCUCAACUGAGAAAACAGGACAAAAAGAAAAAAAAAAGAAACCUGAAUUACAUAAACAGCAUGAGAAUCCGAUGAAGUAUGAAAUGAUAAGCGCAUGAAGGGCAGAAUCAAAGUAAUCCUGUUUUUCUCAGAAGAACGGAGUAAUCUCAAACAUUACCUGCGUUGAAGGAAGGAGAAUAUAAUGCACCAUUCGUUUUUUUUUUUUCUGUAAAACACUCGGCCUGAACAAAUCAGAAACUUAUAAAAAGUAAUUGAGCUCAGGCAGAUAGAAGAAUCUUUUUUUGCGACUACACUGAACCAUGGCGCCAUGGCGUCGCCAGGCGCGUUAGUAUUUUCUACCGCAUGCUGUUUCUUCCCUCUCUGACCCAAAACGACGAAACAGCAUGCAGCAGAGAAACAGCAGGACGCGCCUUAAGGCGCCCAGUUCAGUAGUUUUAUUUGUUUCAGGCGCCUACUGAGAAGCUAAUCGCGUCGAAAAUCACCUCGUACAUCGAUUCCUGCGGUCGGGAUGGCUUGUGUUGCGAGGAACGCAUGGAUUCGGAAGCCUCGGAGCCUUGGGAACGUCGCCUGAGGCCACGCCUCUCCACGGGGUCCAGUCCGGACUUGUCUCAAUUACCUGUCGCCGUGCAUCCCCACAUCCGGCCAUUUUCAGUCAGAAAUCGCCGCCUUUCCAAGUCCAUUUCAUCGUUUUUUCGUUUACUGCCGUUAUUCUACAAACUUUCUCCAUUCACCAUUUUCCUUCUUCAUUCCUUAUUUUCCUAUGGUGUAUAAGUAGUUAUUCAAAAAGGUUUCCUUUUUUUGAGAUUUUCAGUCCCCCUAUUUGUAUAUUAUAUUCUAUAUUCUUCAGUACAUUUUUCAGACGAACAGAAAAAAAACGCCUCAUAUUUAUCAAACAAGCAAAAUAAAGAUAGACUGGGCUCGAAUUUCUUUAGUUUCAUAUGGAACGGUUUGAAGCGUCGCGAUAGAAAUCAAGCAUACAAAUUUCUCGAGAUCAGUAAUUUGAUUAUUUUCGAUUCCUUGUCGCGGAAGUAGUAUUGGGUCGGGAAAGACUUUGAGGCCCUUACGCGUCUGAGCAUUCCACGUGCAACCAUUUGAUCCCAAGUUGGCAUAAAUUGAAUUUAAACGCUUCCUGCUAAUUUUCUCUGUGCUAAAACUAUAUUUUUCCCACCUUUUGUAUUGACAGAGUUCUAAACAAGAGAAAAGGCGAAAAUGCGCGACUGGGCGAUCAUUUUGGUCGUCGUCGUCGGCGCCGCCGUCGGCUGUGCUCCUCCUGGCUUCGUCCAAAGCAACGAUCCCGGUGAGUAAAAUCACAUCGAAAUGAUUCUUCUCCUUCACUAGAUAUGAAAAAAAAGUUCAAUCAUCUUUCUUUUUUUUCAAAUAUGUUAACAAUUUUAUUAUUAAUCAUGUGUUUUUGAGUUCAUUACUUGAAAAUUUCAAAGAUCGGAUUCUGAAAUGUCUAGGUUAACGUGGUGUUGAAAGCCGUCUUCAUUGAAACAAAUUUGAACCUUUCUAUAGGUUUUCAUGGAAAUGAUCAGAUAUGAGUGAAAAGGCAAAAAAAUAUGCAUAAUAAAAAUCCUUGAGAAGAGCUUUUUACAUCUCUUCUGACGAUUCGAAGAGCUACAUUUUUUUCUAAAAAAUUCUUUGAAAGUGAUUUUAUGUAUCAGAGUGGAAUAAAUAUUCAAGUGAACCACAUCACGAAUUUUAGUUAUGAACAUAAAAAUAAGUAGAAAAAACAUUGUAACUGCAGCAAUGGUCGGCGCCCGUUGUUCCGACUUGAUUUUGUAUCCGGUGUCAGCCGUCGACCAAACCGAUCAAUACCGGUCAGUUUUCCUAGAACUGAAGAACCAUUCCAAAUGCGGCGUUUUGAGAUUCGACUACAGCGACGUCAGUUUCGGCAACACCCACGCGCAAGGAGCGACGGUGGCCAUCACUUGCACUACAGGAGGACAGGCGGCUACUGUCGAAGGCUACGAUCAGGUCUCCAUUUCACACUUUUCUUUUCUAACGUUUCAAAACCUGAAGUAUUGCAAUAUCCCCUCGUGAAAAGCCGCCACUCGUGUAGGAAUAUAUUCAGAGCUCCUCCAUAUUCAAAAUUUUUUGACUUUGAAGUUUCAUUUAGUGGAAUUUUCCGCUCACUUUGAAAAAAAAACCUGUGAAAAAAAUGCAUGAAAUUAGUAAACUUCAAAACCUUUUUUUUCGCUUUUUUUUUUCCAAAACAAUUGAUGAAAUACACUAUUCAAAAAUUCUCGUAAAGGUACGAAAACGAAAAAAAAAGUCUUUGCGGUUCUUUGGAGCGGAGACGUCGCCAAGGAAACUUCGGACGUAUAGAAAGACUCGAGUGAAAAACGUAUAUGGAUGCAUUUCAAAUUCGUAGCUCAAAAAGAAAAACAGAAGAGUAACGAUCUGUGAAAUGGACAUGAUUGAUUUCAGCAAAGAGCAUCCAUUUCGGCGGCUCCUUCGCUCCUCGCCACCUGCACAAACGUCGGCGGCAGUCAGUACACUUGGACUAUUCUGGGACGCAUACUCCAAUUUGUUGAUUGCAGAUUCUAA